AUGGUAGGUCAGAAACUCCUGAUUGUUGCCGUUGCCUUCCUGGCCUGUGCCUACGCCGACGUCUCUGAGCUGAGUGGUGCCGGUGGCGGCUACGAUUAUCCUCAACCAGCAGCGCCGGCCCCCAAGUAUAUUCCUCCACCACCACCGCCACCACCACCACCGGCGCCAAAGAACACCUACAUUCCUCCUGCACCACCGGCGCCACCAGCACCAAAAUACAUUCCCCCUCCUCCACCACCACCACCACCACCAGCUCCCAAGAACACCUACAUUCCUCCAGCGCCGCCAGCACCCCCCGCACCCGUAGAAACCUACAUUCCCCCAGCAGCACCAGCACCCGCAUACCUUCCACCAGCAGCCGAGCCCGUGCACCAGGACAUCGAACAGCCCGCUCAGGAUGGCUAUCGCUACAAGACCGUACGUCGUCGCGUGUUCCGCCACCGUGCUUAG